CGGCGGCGCCGGGACGGGAGCGGGAGGGAGCGACCGAGGGCACCGACCCGACCCGAGGGCACCGACCCGACCCGGGACACCCCGAACCCACCCGGGACACCCCGAACCGGCGCCACCCGCUCGCCUCGACCCCCAGCGGAGCCACCGAGACCCCCCCGCGACCCCCGAAAUGUCCAACGCGCACUUCAACCGCGGCCCCGCCUACGGGCUGUCGGCCGAGGUGAAGAACAAGCUGGCCCAGAAGUACGACCCGCAGCACGAGCGGGAGCUCCGCGCCUGGAUCGAGGGGACCACGGGGCGCCGGAUCGGGGACAACUUCAUGGACGGGCUCAAGGACGGCGUCAUCCUCUGCGAGCUCAUCAACAAGCUGCAGCCGGGCUCGGUGCCCAAGGUGAACGAUCCGGUGCAGAACUGGCACAAGCUGGAGAACAUCGGGCACUUCCUGCGGGCGAUCACGCGCUACGGGGUGAAGCCCCACGACAUCUUCGAGGCCAACGACCUGUUCGAGAACACCAACCACACCCAGGUGCAGACCACCCUCAUCGCCCUCGCCAGCCAGGCCAAGACAAAGGGGAACAACGUGGGGGGUCUGGGGGUGAAAUACGCGGAGAAGCAGCAGCGGCGCUUCCACCCCGAGAAACUGCGCGAGGGCAGGAACAUCAUCGGGCUGCAGAUGGGCACCAACAAGUUCGCCAGCCAGCAGGGCAUGACGGCGUACGGGACACGGCGGCACCUGUACGACCCCAAACUGGGCACGGACCAACCGCUGGACCAGGCCACCAUCAGCCUCCAGAUGGGCACCAACAAAGGGGCCAGCCAGGCGGGGAUGACGGCGCCGGGGACCAAGCGGCAGAUCUUCGAGCCGGCGCUGGGCAUGGAGCACUGCGACACCAUGACCAUCGGGCUGCAGAUGGGCAGCAACAAGGGCGCGUCGCAGCAGGGCAUGACGGUGUACGGGCUGCCGCGGCAGGUCUACGACCCCAAGUACUGCGGGGGCCCCGAGCUGCUGGGCCACGACGGCUACGACGGCCACGACGGCCUCUACAACUCCCAGUAGCCGCCGGCAGCGCCGCCGCUUGCACCCCCGACACCGCUCGUCACCGGCCGCACCGCGCCCCGCGAGCCGCCACCGGCACCGGGGAGGGGACACCGGAGCCGGGCUCGGCCCUGGGACUGAUCCUGGCGGGGAAAUCCGCGUCCCUCGAGGGGGAAACGAUCCCGGGAUUGAUCCUGGGAUUGAUCCUGGGGGGGAAAUCCGGGUCCCUCGAGGGGGAAACGAUCCCGGGAUUGAUCCUGGGAUUGAUCCUGAGGGGGAAAUCCGGGUCCCUCGAGGGGGAAACGAUCCCGGGAUUGAUCCUGGGAUUGAUCCUGAGGGGGAAAUCCGGGUCCCUCGAUGGGGAAACGAUCCUGGGAUUGAUCCUGGC